GUKACUGUUUAGUUGGUUCAAAAUGGCUUCAGUUUCCUGUAUCAUGCARGAACACGGUGAAGUGCUCUGUAAUGGAACCAAAUAUGUCCUUGAAGAACAGCCUUUAAACUACAAGGAUAACCUGUUUUGGAUAUACCUUGGUGUAUACGUCUUACUCGUACUUUUUGCUGGAUUGAUGUCAGGUUUAACAAUGGGACUGCUCUCACUGGACAUCCUUAGCUUGAGAGUACUUGAACGAGGUGGGAAAAUGGAAGAGAGAAAAUUUGCCAAGAAGAUAUUACCCAUCGUAGAAAAACAUCAUCUUUUACUUGUGACAUUACUGUUGGCCAAUGCUGGAGCUGUUGAAGCUAUGCCAAUAUUCAUGGAUAGAAUCUCUAACCCUGUUAUUGCCAUUUGUGUCUCGGUUACUGCAGUGUUAUUCUUUGGAGAAGUAGUUCCACAAGCACUGUGUACAAGAUUUGGUCUAAAGAUUGGUGCUACACUYGCUCCGUUUGUCAAGCUUAUGAUGUGUUUGCUGUUUGUGAUUGCAUGGCCAAUUUCAAAGUUACUUGACUGUCUUCUUGGACAUGAACAUUCCACAUUCUUCCGCAGAGCAGAGCUCAAAGAACUGGUUGAUCUUCAUAAGGAAUUUGCACAUGGUAAUGAGGAGCCUUUGAGAGAUGAUGAGGUGUUAAUCAUCCAGGGAGCUUUAGAAAUGCGUAAUAAGACUGUAAAAGAUAGGUACACCCCACUGGAUAAAGUCUUCAUGUUAAGUUGUGAUGAACAACUGGAUGACGAUGUUAUGAAAAAGAUCAUCUCAUCAGGGCACUCAAGGGUCCCUGUCUAUCAAGGAGACAAAGAAAAGAUCAUUGGUCUCCUAUUGGUCAAAUCCCUGAUUCGUUUAGACCCUAAAACUGCGACGCCCGUCAAGGAUGUUUACCGAUCUAAAGAAGGGUCACUUCUCACUUGUAACAUGCACGAACCCCUCUUUGAAUUGUUGGAUAAAUUCCAAACUGGGAAAAGUCACAUGAGUCUUGUGUAUGGAAAAGCAUUCGAGGAAUCACCAGAAAAGCGUCUUCUCGGAAUCAUAACACUAGAAGAUUUGAUAGAACAGCUGAUUCAGGAAGAUAUCUGGGAUGAGACAGAUAUUCGUGGCGUCAGGCAUGGCGUAGAGGGGAAGGUUAUUCUAGCACGUGCUAAAAUGCAGAGAUUAAAGUCAACAGACGAAGGAGGAAUCAGAUCACCACCUCGGAUAARGACGCAGCGAAGAAAGUCUGAACAGGUACCCGCUACAGGGGAUGCAGAAAGUAUCGUUUGUGUUCCUGGUGGAAGCGAGAAGUUUGAUGACCGUCAACCACUCCUCAAGUGAGACUGGACAUGUCAAUAGCUUAUCUCCUUGUGAAAUACAACCAAUAAGUUCAAGUUCUGUGUUGUUCUGUAUCUUCGGGUAGACAAYCCUGAAGGAAGGGAAACUCAACAGAGGGAGCACUUGGCCAAUAGUAACUUUAAGGUUCGGCAUCAACAAGUAUCCGGGUAUUCCUAAAAACAAUUUUUUUAUCCCGAUUUCGAAAAAAUUCUCGUCCACACGUAUCUGCCUUUUCGAAAAGUUGCGUUUUUAAGUAACAUAUUCACCGGAUACUUGCGUAGACGGAAUGCGAAUCCUCAAAGAAAAAAUCCCGUUCUUAAAAAUAUCCCGAUACUCGUUGGGGGGGGGGGGGGGGUGAAAAUCUCUCACAACACUCGCGUGUCUUUUUUAUUUCUGUUAUUAGAUGGUAUACACUCAGGCGAUGCAUAAUAACAACAUAAACUAACUGUACCUAGUGCUGCGGAUAUGAUGUUCAACCUGUUUUGAAUAAUUCAAUAAACAACCUUGGGGUUAAUAAUAGAAUUUUACAAUGAUUACAAUAUCGGUAAAAUACUGAUUUUUUAAAAUAAAAAAACCUAAAGGAAAUGAA